AUGAAUUCUACAAAUUUUGAAGCUACUCCAUUGUUCUUCGAUACUGCCUAUCUUUUGAGAUAUCUAAUUUUAAUUCUCUCAGCUUUCGGACUUGUUACCAAUAUAAUCCACAUUGGUUUUCUCUCCAGGAUCCUCAGAUCUUAUCCAAUUUCUAUUGGUUCACUUGUUAUCAGUAUUUCUGAUUUUCUGAUGUUCACAACAAGAUUUACAGUUGAAACCGUAGAAAUUGUGACCUUCGUGGACCAUCGAAACUGUUUUGGAUAUGUAAAUCGAGCAGAUCUUUUGUUUAAAUUUCUCACAGAGUCGAUUUAUUUCAUAAGUGAUAAUGUUAUUAAUUGGAUGAUAAUUUCAAUGUGCUUCUUGCAAAUUUUCGAUUUCAAGAGAAUCGGAGAAAGUAUUUGGACCUUUAAAACUACUGCUACUGUAGCUUUGGCUGCAGUAUUUUUUGCUGCUCUUUUUGUUUUUCUUCAAAUAAUCUCUGCUGGAAUCGUCAUCCUGCAGCUACCGUAUUCCGAGUGUAGCCAAGAGAAUUUGUAUCAAAAUUAUAUGGAAAAUGAGAAAAAUUGGAUGACUGAUUUUGCAAAUACAAUGAAUUUUAUCACAGUCUUUUCUAUUUUUCUCGAGCGUGGCUUAAACUUCAUUUUUGUGUUUUAUUUGAUAAAAUUGAACUGGAAAUCAAAGGAAAAUGUGAAGAAAAGUAAUUGCAAGUUAAUUUGUUUCCUACAUUUGUCAUUUGUGGUUACUUUCAUUUUUUAUGAAGUCGUUAAUAUUUGGUUAUUCGAAACCAAGAUGGCUGGACUUGAUAAUCAAGACAAUUCAAUUUUACCUACAGAAAUAACAAUUCUUAUCAAAUGUAUCGGUGCUACUUUUCGACCUUUUUUAAUAUUAUUUUUGUCAUUGGAUUAUCAGAAAACUGUUAGGGAAUUUUUCAUUAUUUCGACUGGUCAAUCUACAGUAAAAAAGCAAUUCUGA